AUGGCGAACGUUGUACUAUUCUUUUUGCUGGUGUUCGGAACGGCGAUACGAGAAAGCCUUGCCGUUCUCUGCCAACAAUGCAACGGUUGGGACGGGCUGUAUCCGCUACGCUACUCCACCGCCAGUACGUGCGACAUCAGGAAUAACCAAUGUCAGAGUACUCAGUUCUGCGUUAAAAUUAUCGACAACAUGGCGCCGGGGACCAACUAUGGCAC